AAGUAAUUCUGUUUACCUAACGUUCAUUCUACCCGCGUAACCCUUUUACUUUUAACGUUUUUACUUGAUUCUCUUACCGUAUUAGAAAGUUUCUGGGAAAGGGAAAUUGACAGAGAACGACAUAUCUGAAGACGGCGAAACAAUACCGUGGUGGAAGGAGGAACACAACGGUGCAGCCAUUAAAGAUGGCUGCAAUGGAUCACGUAAGUUUGAGAUUCUGGCAUGGUGGUUUGUUCAUGAAGAAAAAAGAUAAAUUGCUAUAUCUGAACGGUGAGUGUAAGAGUUUUGACGUUGAUCCUGAUGAACUCUGUUGGUUUUGGUUGGAGGAGUUGGCAAAGAAAUGUGGUAGUUACACCACCAUUGAUGAAAUAUAUUAUUUGAUUACUGGUCUCAGCUUGGAUAAAGGGUUAAGGAGAGUAUAUAAUGAUAAAGAGGUACUACAAAUGAGUGAGAUAGUGCUCAAAGCUAGAUCACUCAAGAUGUAUGUGGUGCAUGGGCUUGACCAAGCAGAACUAGUUGUGAUGUUACCUUCAAUCCAGAACACAGAACCUCGUACAGAAUCUGCAAAUGAAAACCAAGUGGCUGGCUACAACAUUGUAGAUGAUGAGGCACAUACAAACAUUGAUGACCACGAUGAAGCCGAAUUAGAAGGUCAAUUCGGUGAGUUACAAGGUCAAGUUGAAGGUUAGCCCAAUGACUUGUUUUUUUACUGAGGAAAUGAAUAUCUGAGUGAUGAUGAAGCAGAAGUUAGCGAUGAUGAAUAUAGAGCUGCGAAGGAUAAGGUCACAGAAUGUAAUAACAAGUUUUUUGAAAUUGCAACACAACUUCAGAAAGAAGCAGCAGAAGGUACUCUAGAAGGUCAAAAAACCAAAUCCCAUUCCAAUAUGGAUGACCUGGAUUGUUGUUUGAGUGGGUAUGAGGACAGUGAGGAAGAAAUUCACACUCCACCGGAUAGUGCAGAAGAAGACUUAGACAAUGGCAGAAAGCAAAAAAGAAUUGAUACUUUUGUCAAUUCAAAUACUGACUUCUCAACGUUUGAGUGGGAGGUGGGGCAGAGAUUUGCUACUUGGGAGGAAUUUAAGAGGGCUGUAGCUAAGUUUGCUAUUUUACAAGGUCGCAAUUUGAGCUUUGCUACGAGCAACAAAAAAAGACAACAAAGGUUGGGGGUAAGGUGUGUAGAUGGCUGUCCGUUUAGGCUAUGAAAAGGAACAAACAAUUGAAGUCUAAAUGGGUUGCAAGGCAGUUUCUUGAUGUGUUUAAAGCAAGACCUCACUGGCCAGCUAAAGAGAUUAUUGAGACAGUGAAGAGAGCGUACAAAGUAGUUAUUUCAAGAGACUUCGCAUAUAAGGUGAAAUAUUGUUCUCAUAAAAUGCUCCAUGGGUCAAUGGAGGAUCACUAUAAAAAGGUUGGGAGAUAUUUAAGUGCUCUGAAGAAUUCCAGUCCUGGUAGUGAAUUAGUGUUGGUCACCGAUGUUAAGAAACAAUUUUGUGGCCCAAUUUUUCAAAGGUUAUUCACAUGCUUUGAGGGGCUUCAAAAAGGGUGGAAGGAAGGGUGUAGGAAGGUUAUAUGUGUGGAUGCGUGUUUCCUAAAAACUUUCCUUGGUGGGCAGUUAUUAUAUGCAGUCGGC